AUGGACGAAGAUUUGUACGUCCAAAAGCUAAUUGCACACUAUUUGAAGCAGCACAGCCUUAGCAAUACAUUACGAGCGUUUGAGAUUGAGGUCAACAGGAAAUUCAACACGGAAAGCAUUGAUGAGUCACUCACUGUGUUGGUGAAGGACUACCUUAAAUUUCGAGGUCUCGAGAAUUCGGCAGAGGAACCUGAUGCGAAGUCUAGCAAUGCCAGCAAUGCUACCUUGCCGAUUAGAGCCAGCACCGCCAGAAAUGCAACAAGUAGCAUUAAUUCAGCCUUCACGGUGGAGCAACAACGAUUAAUUUCUGAAAAGCACAUCAGCAUUGGGAGAUGGACGGUCGGCACGCCCGAGAAAAGUGCAGAAAUCGACUUGUUUGACAAAACACUAGUGAUCUUUUCAAAGGUUGAUCACGUGACCUUAGAUGGUGGGGUGAAGACAGUUGGACUUUUCAGUACAAGCAGCCGGUCUAUCUGUAUAUACGACUUGGAAAAGCAGCAAGUUCUUGUUAAGGAAGAAGGCCUUGCAGGCAGAUCUCCAGUUAAAGCUAUGGCAUGUAUUCCUGGCACUGGAUAUGUGCUGAUUUGCAGUAUGAAUGGUAAUCUUUCAAUAAGCACAGUUCAAAAAGAUGCCAACACUGGUAGAUACGGGAUUUCAUUGACCGGAGAGAGUAUUGAUCUUCAUCGUAAGUUGAUUACUGCAGUAAACUACCACUCCUUUGAGUUUGGGGCUGGAUACUUUUGCUCGCUGGGUUGGGAUUGCCGAUUAGUGGUAUGUAAAGUGGCCAAUGAAAGAAGCGAUCCGCAUCUGCAAGUCAUUGGCAGAAUUACGCUACCAACACAAGGAACAUGCGUUGCAGUGCUUGCGGAUGAAGAGUUGAAGCUUCCAAUAAUUCUCGUUGGGCGUGUUGACAGUUCUUUGAUUCAUGUUUUCACAGUUGAUCGGCAAAAUGAGAAAAAUGAUGUUGAAUCUAUAGUUGAACUUGCCAAGCUCUCACUAAAUGAUUCAGAGUUUUCAAGCCACGUUUUUCAUCCAAUGGCGAUCGCCGAAUCAUCUAGUGGUCUUGUCUCAAUUGCAACAAAUCAUACACCAUACCUGAGAAUAGUGACGUUUGCACUUCCAAGCAUUAGAGAGAUGUUGGAAGCAAAUUUGGGGAUGGCCUUUGAUGUUGAUCGUAAGGAUAUGCUUAAUGAUUUGCAUAAAUUAGCCCAAAAGCAGACAGAGGGAAAGUUGGAUCCAGGUGUUCCAAUCAUUAGAAACAUUAUUGUGUCAAACUUCAACGCGAUGACUCCUCAGGACAAGUUUUCAACACCAGUUCUGAUGCCUAGACCUGCUGGAAGAAAUGGAAUAUGGAUUGUGGGAAAUGAUGGCCUUAUCAGGGGUUUUGAUCUCAGUAAUGGCAAGGUUACUGAGACCAUUCAAGCUCAUAAAGGCCGAAUUAAAACUGUGUCAGCUGGAGUUUUGACAGAUAGGGAUCAAAAAGAGCUCAUCGUGUCUUGUGGAGCAGUUGACAGAGAAAUAUUCUGUUGGAAUAGCUGA